CCUAAAACACAGCAAUAUUAAUAAUAUAGUGAACAUGAAGGACAUAAGAAGUAUAUUGCAUGGGUUGAAACCAGAUUUUCUAAUGGUGUUAGUACAGAUUGCAUAUGCUAUGCUAACUAUAUUAUACAAGCUCACACUAAAUGAUGGAAUGAGCAUGAGAGUAGCCGCAGCAUAUCGCCUCAUUUGUGCAUCUGCUUUCACUAUCCCAGUUGCUCUUAUCUUUGAUAGGAAGAAGAGAGCAAAGAUUACUUGGAGUGUGCUUUCGAAAACAUUUCUAUGUGGAUUGUUUGGGGGAAGUUUGUAUCAAAACCUUUACCUCGAGGCUCUUGGUUUGACGACAGCAACAUUUAUGAUGGUAGUCUUCAACCUACUACCGGCCAUUACCUUCAUCAUAGCUGUAUGCUUCGGAAUGGAUAAACUCAACUUGAGGGUAGUAGAAGGAAAGGCGAAAGUGAUAGGAACUAUAAUGGGAAUGAGUGGUGCAAUGUUGAUUAUAUUUUUCAAAGGUGCAGAAAUUCAUAUUUGGUCUUCCAAUAUCAAUCUUUUGCAUCCACAUCACAAUACAAAUGAGCAAAUGGAAUCUAAACAUGAAGACCUUGGUAAAAAAUUGUUGGGUGUUACAAUUGCACUAGCAAGCACCAUCUCUUUCUCUAUGUGGCUUAUCAUUCAGGCUAAGUUGAAUGAGGAAUACCCUUGUCAUCACUCAUGUGCUGCUUUAAAUGCCACAAUGGGAGCUAUUCAAGCAACUGUUAUUGCUCUAUGCGUUGAAAGGGACUGGAACCAAUGGAAGCUAGAAAACAACCUCAGGAUUCUUGCCGUUCUUUAUCCGGGAAUUGUGAUCUCAGGAUUAGCAGUUAUCAUUACUUCCUGGUGCAUAAAGAUGAGGGGACCUCUAUUUGCGUCUAAUUUCAAUCCUCUACAACUCUUAAUUGUAGCUAUAACUGCUUAUUUCAUGUUGGAUGAAAAACUAUAUUUGGGAAGCUUGCUUGGAGCAAUUGUGAUUGUGUGCAGUCUCUAUGCGGUACUUUGGGGUCAAAGCAAAGAAAUGAAAAAUAAAAAGAAGAUAUUAGAAAUUACAAGAAUGUCUGAAAAUGAUGAGCCUACUGUUAUUUCCAUGCCUGUUCCACAUGACAGAGUCAUCCAAAGCUACCAGAGUUCCCCCAUUACAAAAGAGAAUAUUGUUAAUGAUAAAUAAAAGUUUUCUAUAUUGGAGCUUUGAAUUUUUAUAUAUUUAAUUAAUAGAUGAUUUGAAAUA